AUGGGGGGAAAAAAAGAGGAUGAAAUAGUGAAAUCCGCUGAGGUCGACAUCCAGGAUUUCUACAGGACAGUACGGAAACAACGCGGAAAGACGCCAAAUGACAACCCUCUCAUAUACAGGGAUAAGGUGGCAACCGAUGAUCGGACUUCCCUGAUGGAACGGUUCAAUGCCGUCCUACAAAAUGAUUCGUUUUCGUGCGAUGUCUAUGAAAAAUAUCUCACAUCGUUCAUCAGUAAUAACGAUUUAUGCAGCUCGCCACUUGGUUACAUUCGUGAUUUAUGUGAUAUCUUCAGUUUAUGUGGACAAAUAGAACAGGAUAUUGUGGCUCUUAAAUCUGCAUUUAUCGCGGAAAUAGACACCGAUGAAACCUUCGAUAUCGUUCGUGUCGUAAUCCGAUCUCUAUUGUGCAUCUUUAUAUCCGCAACGAUUUUCCUUAUUCUGCGACAAUCUAGAGCUGUCAACAGCAAGUUUUACCAGUUUGCCGUUCAAUUAAGGAAAAAAACAAGAGAACUGGAAGAGAAGAAGAAAGUUACUGAAGAACUACUCUAUCAAAUGAUUCCAAAGUCCAUAGCACAUCAACUUCAAAACAAGGAGAAAAUAUCUGCAGAGUUUUUUGAAGCUGUGACGAUAUUCUUUAGUGAUAUUGUCGGAUUUACCUCGAUAUCAGCCCGAUGUUCCCCGAUGCAGGUGGUGGAAUUACUAAAUAGCUUGUACUCGACGUUUGACAUUCGGAUAGACACGUAUGACGUUUACAAGGUUGAGACGAUUGGAGACGCUUAUAUGGUUGCCAGUGGAGUGCCUGAGAGGAACGGAGAAAGGCACGCGGAGGAGAUCGCCACUAUGGCCAUAGAUCUACUGGCAGCUAUCAAACAAGUGAAAGUACCACACACUAACUCUGAUCAUGUCCAGAUCAGGAUAGGCUGUCAUACUGGCGCAUGCGUGGCUGGAGUUGUCGGGCUAAAGAUGCCUCGUUACUGCCUAUUCGGGGAUACGGUAAAUACAGCAUCGAGAAUGGAAGCAAACAGCCAACCAUUAAAGAUUCAUGUCAGUAAAGAUACACGGGACAAGCUUGAGGUCACCGAUAGGUACACGUUGGAACACAGAGGUUUGAUAGAAAUUAAGGGAAAAGGGCAGAUGGACACUUACUGGCUGACCGGACGAAGAGACAUGGCAGAGGCCAAUGACAGUAUGGUAUGCAAAUGGCAACCACGUAAGAAAAAGAAGAAAAAGUUAGACAACAACUUGAGCGCUGAACACUCAACAGUGUCUUCAGAAUCAUCUCGAUUGGAAAGUCAAGCAGAUGACAACACUAUCACGACAGGAAGUGCAGUUUUGUUAAAGGAAAAUCAGAAUGAAAUGAAACCAGAUUCGAUCGAGAAAGAACAACCGAUUGACGAAAGAAAUGAAGCAGCAGACGACAUGACUCAGGAAGAAAGUAAACAGGUCGGUGAUAGUUGUAAAUUAGAAUCGAAUGAGGGCAAAUUACCUGUAAUGAGUGACUUUGAGGGCAAAUUACCUGUGAUGAGUGACGUUGAGGGCAAAUUACCUGUGAUGAGUGACGUUGAGGGCAAAUUACCUGUGAUGAGUGACGUUGAGGGCAAAUUACCUGUAAUGAGUGACGUUCAGAUUCAAGUGACUGAAGCAUCGUCUGACGGUGUUCCAGAUACACAAAGUUACCAUAGUGACACGGAAUCACGUCACUCUUCACCAACAUCUGACAAAAGUUUUGAGCAUUCGUCCGAAACCCAUGAAGAAACAUCGACAGAUAUCACAAAUAAGUCAGCAGACGACAAAGCCACAGACAGCAUAACGCUUAAAAUGUCUCCGUCAAAACAAAUGAACUGUUCAUCGCCGGUUCGUUCCGAGUUACCGUUAAAAACUAUAUACGAAGAUCAGCGUAGUGUUGAACCUUACACCUACACAAAUGGUAGCAUGGCUGAGGGCCACAAAUCAAACACCAAUGGUAGCAUGUCUGAGGGCCACAAUUCAAACAUAAAUGGUAGUAUGGCUGAGAGCCACAAAUCAAACAUAAAUGGUAGCAUGUCUGAGGGCCACAAUUCAAACAUAAAUGGUAGUAUGGCUGAGAGCCACAAAUCAAACAUCACAAAGGAUGAAUAGAAAACAAUGUUUGAAACGAAAAAUAAACAGACUAAAACAAACUCUGUCCUAUGUAUGAACAAAAUCA